AUACGGUUGGCGCAUUACGCACCACGUGUAUUUUAAGAUAAAAGCACUGGGUCUUUCCUUUUCCUUCUUCACCUGUAAGUAGUUUCGAAGGCCUUUAGGGUUUCCACUGUGUGCUCUCGGUGUCAGAUCCACACACAUACUCUCUCCCUUUCGGAUUGUUUCAUAGUGUCGUUGAUGGCAGUUUAAAGUCUGAGUGCUGGUGACAAGAGUUGGUAUAGUACCUUGAGAUUUCGUGGAGGGAGGAGAAGAGAGAAUGUCAAGUGGCAGAAAUACGCACUGGUGUUACAGCUGCAGGCGGCCAGUUCGUCUGCGAGGGCGAGAUGCAGUUUGCCCCUAUUGUACUGGAGGAUUUGUUCAAGAACUUGAUGAUAUGGUGCAAUUCAAUCCACUGGAUUUCUUUGGAUUGGAUAAUGAUGAUGACCGUGAGCAAAGAUAUGGGCUCAUGGAAGCGUUUUCAGCUUUUAUGAGGCAUCGAUUGGCACAAAGAAGCCAUGACACCAGAAUGAGAUCAGAUUCAAUUCCAGAACCUACACCAGGGUUUGGUCCAUUGUUGAUAUUUGGCGGCCAAAUUCCCUUUAGGUUGUCUGGAAAUGGUGGGUUUGAAGCUCUCUUUCCUGGAGCUCCUGGAUUUGCAUUUACACGAGGUAAUACUGGUGAUUAUUUUAUAGGCCCUGGAUUGGAAGAACUAUUCGAACAGCUUUCUGCUAAUGAUCGCCGUGGUCCUCCCCCAGCAUCCAGUUCAUCAAUUGAUGCAAUGCCCACCAUUAAGAUCACCCAGAGGCAUCUUCGUACUGAUUCACACUGUCCAGUAUGCAAAGACAAAUUUGAGUUGGGAAGUGAAGCUAGGCAGAUGCCAUGUAACCACAUGUACCACUCAGACUGCAUAGUCCCGUGGCUAGUCCAGCAUAACUCGUGCCCUGUCUGUCGUCAGGAGCUACCACCGCAAGGAUCAAGUGGUAGCAGUAGUUACCAAAGCUCAAGUUCUCGAAGCGGAAACAACCAUUACAAUGGAAGAGAGAAUGUCAGGGAAGGAAGACGGAACCCAUUGUCUUAUUUGUGGCCAUUCCGCACAUCUACUUCCAGUUCUAACAAUGAUGGGUCUACCGGAAGCAGUUCAGCCACCGUACAUGAAAAUAACCAUCAUCAAACGGGGUAUUCAGGAUGGCCUUUUGACUAGCACUUUAAUAUUUACAAAAAAAAAAAAAAAGCAAUGGAUAUUUCUUUGCGUUCUGUCGUCAUAAAUUAGCAUCUCCAUUGCUUGAGCAAAUUGCUUGGAGUGGUUGAAGACCAUGAAGUUUUAAAGUCUUGAGUCUCUUGUUUGAAGUGAUCGAGUCUUUUUGGUGUUUACUCUGCAGCUUCAUAAUGUAAAUGACAUUUUCUAUGCUAUGCAUUUCUGCUUGUGAAUACAUAAUAGGGCUUAUGGUUGUUGAUC